AUGGCUGCUGCUCCUCACCCGGGCGGUGCGCCCGGACCAGGUCCCCCUCAGCCUAUAGUGCUCCCUCAUGGUGCAGCGCCUGCAGCGCCCGCAGCGCCCGCUCCUUCUCGAAGGCAUCUCAUCUUCUGUGAUGGGACUGGCGAAAAUGCAGCGGACGUAGGCCCAUCAAGUAACCUGGCGAGGCUGGCCCUUUCUAUUGCAGCACAAGGCUUGGAUGGAAAACAACAGAUUUGUUAUUAUCAGCAAGGGCUAGGCACAGGUACCAAUAAUAUCAAGGGUAUAGCGAACCGUGUCUUCGAAUUGGGGCUCGGGCAAGGCAUGGACCAAAACAUCCAGAUUAUAUAUAGUACCCUGUGCCCUAUACCACCGCCCCAACGAUCCGCGCCGGCCAAUCCUCCACCACCAAGGUACCAACCGGGCGAUACGUUGUGUUUCUUUGGAUUUUCGAGAGGUGCAGCAACAGCACGCGCCGCCGCCGAUUUUAUCGCAACCGUUGGGCUUCUACAGGGUCCAGCAGACCCAAAAUUGGUGAGCGCUCUCUACGAGGAAUGGCUUAAAGUAUCCAGCGACAACUAUAAACCACCUACUGCACCAGAGCUUAGAACAACUCGAGCCGAGAUUGAAUGUGUGGGCGUUUUCGACACAGUCCAAGGCCUUGGAGUACCGAAGCCCGUACAAGAAAGCCUGCGCUCGGGAGUGCCUCCUACAGUGAAUCCCCUAGCAAGAAAAGCUCAUCUGCUACAUAAAAGCAUCCCGUAUGGUUUUCAAGCACUUGCACUGCAUGAAAUGCGCGACGCUUUUACUCCAGAGGUUUGGAGUUCGAAAUCGGCCCCUGCCCAGAGACUGCAACAGACUUGGUUUGCUGGGAAACAUUCAGACGUCGGCGGUGCGAUUGUCGAAGGCAAACCGAAUUCUGGUCUAGCAAAUGCAGCUCUAAGAUGGAUGGCAGCACUUCUGACCAACAUCCACAUCGGCAUCGCUGUGAAAAACGCGGAUCUGAACAAGAAUUUGGAAAUUCUCCUCGGAGAGGCCGGGCAGGGACAAGCUCGAAUCCAGGGCACUCUCUCUGCAACCCUUACGGGAGGACAGACACCAAGAACACCGGGAAGAUAUGCAAAGGGCAUUGAAGAGGUCCACGUCUCGGUCCGAAACACGGGGUUGCUGAACAUCGAAAGCAUGCCCUCCAAACCAGCCCUUGACCAACUCAUUGGGGUUGCCGAACGCGGACCCAACGGAAACUUUGUAUGGGUAAAUAAAACUGCGCCCAGCACACGAGUGAAUGCACUACCGGGUGCACAGCCAGAGGAAAUCAUCAUGGAGGAAGAUCCGACUAUUGCGCCCCAAGAAGGGAGCGCCGGAAACCAGACGCAAACUGCGCCAGUGCAUCCGCUACCCAGCAGUUCAAAUCCGGCUGGUUCGGUACCUCGACCAAUUCGACGAUGA